AUGAAAAUUGAUAAGUACCUCAGUGAUCAAAGCUCCAAGAGGAGUUCUUUAGACUCAAACUUGUACAUCAAAACUACUGACAGUGAUAUCAUCCUUAUGGUCCUUCUGGUCAUUUAUGUGGAUGAUUUGAUCAUCACCGACAGUUCGGCAUCUUUGAUUCAGGGAAUCAAACAGAGUUUAUGCCAAUCUUUUGACAUGACUGACCUUGGGCUCAUGCAUUAUUGCCCAGGUGUUGAGGUUUGGCAGCAGCCUUCUGGUAUAUUCAUUUCUCAGUCGAAAUAUGUUAGGGCUUUGUUCGACAAGUUUUGUAUGCAGGAUUGCAAGAAUGCAUCUACACCUACAGAGAAAGGUCUGAAGUUAUCAGCCCAGUCUGAUUCUCCUCCUGUUGAUGAUACUACAUACAGGCAACAAGUAGGUAGUUUCAUCUACCUCUCUGCUACUAGAGCUGAUAUCAGCUUCGUAGUCAGCUACAUUUCACGCUUUAUGACAGCUCCAAAUUAUAUACCUCUCUGCUACUAUACCUGUACCAUAAGAUUUUCUUCAAGAGAAUCUAGAUCAGCAUCCAAAUGA